AUGCCGAGCUCAGCACAACACAGCAGUUGGGUAAGAAUUUGCGCAAACGCAGAGCGGGAAAGCGUGACGCAACCGGCUGCAAGCGUUUCGGCUCCACUCCCUGCAUGCAGGGAGUGGCAGAGGGCUGUACCUCAGGAAGUCGGCGCAGGGAGUUCGGCAGCGGGAGCUGCGAGUUUCGGCGUCUCACCGAACGUAUUGUGCAAAGUUUUCCCAAGAAGACUUUUUGUUCCGGUUUCUUUUGGACAUAGAAACGCUGCAGAAAUGGAAGCUAUGGUGUCCGCCUCUGCUGCCCUCCUGCGGCGUCUCUCCGCGUGCUUGGGUGUGCGCUACUUCUUGCAGAAUUGGAAUAAGCCGCUAGCGGCCGUCAUGGACUUGAUCUUGAAUUCCACCAUCAAGUUCAAACAUGCAGCCGAGCUCGACGGCGCGGUAGAAGUGGGAGAGAAUGGUCGCUAUAAGCGUCCUAAAUGGCCAAAGCGGCUGGCGAUAUCUCAGCGCCAAUCGUUCGAUGUUGGAUCUUUUUAUUGUUGCGUCUACGAGGGCAGCAAGCGAUGGCAGCACUUUAUGCUGUUUUGCGUUGUAGCCGCCGUCUUGUGCGUCUGCAUGUUUCCCGCGUGGCCGCUGAAGCUAAAAGUUGCCGUGUGGUAUCUCGCCGUCGUCUUUCUUACCAUUCUCCUGUCCUUGAUUGUGCUGCGCUUGAUCCUGUUCCUAUGCAUGUGGUUUGCGGGUUACAACUUCUGGUUGUUGCCGAAUCUCUUCAAUGAAGAUGCUGGUUUCAUUGAUUCCUUCAUUCCUCUCACUGAGUUGGAGAAGACACCCGGAAGCUGGUCAAUGGUGGCAAUUAGAGCUUUUAGCGCGCUGCUUACUGCUGGUGAGGAGGAAGGAGGCAGGGAUCUUUGCGUGCUUGCUGCGUUCACUUCAAAUUGCAUCGCAACCAUCUACAAGUUAGGAGAGACGCAUACACCCGGUGACAUUGCAGCCUUCGCCUCGCAGUCAUUUUUGGAUGUUCUGGACUGGGGUCGCAUGCGACUGGAAGCUCCGUACUUGGAUGCGGGAAAGGCCUUGCCAAGCGCCGCCUCGUCUGAGGAAGCCACUGAAGAAGAGACUCCCGAUGAGGAACCUCAAGAUAGCCACCUGUCCGAUGAAGAAGACUACCGGUGUUUGGCUGGCUGCGGCUACAAGUCGUUUGAGGACCUUAUGGCCUCCAAGUGCCUUGUGAAGUGCACAUGCAUGGAAGAAUUGGUUUCCUCUGAGUGUUUCUCCAAGUGCCCUGACAGCACGCGAGCGGCCAUUGAAGAGGCGAGGGGUGACGCAUGCAGAGAGGAAGCCGCAAGGCGGCAGCGAAAGCGAAAGCACUGA